AGUUGUAACUCUGACUUCUUCUUUUGAGGUACACUUAAUGUUAGAAGUCUCUUAGUCCUACGAGAGUGUGUAGCAGUUUGUCCCUGAGCUCUACCUUUUUUAAAUGAAGCUGGGUCUCUGGGCAGCAUCUUCUGGGCGAGAGAUACAAAAGGUUCCUGGACCUUCUCAACACAGGGAGCCUGCAUAAUGAUGCAAGGGCUGCAACCUCAAAGUACAGAGAAAAGAGGUUGGUGGUCCCUGAAACUCUGGUCUGUGGCUGGGAUUUCCAUUGCACUCCUCAGUGCUUGCUUCAUUGUGAGCUGUGUGGUAACUUACCGUUUUACAUAUGACGAAACUGGCAAAACGCUGUCUGAACUACAUUCAUAUCAUUCAAGUCUCACCUGCUUCAGUGAAGGGACAAAAGUGACAGCCUGGGGAUGUUGCCCAGCUUCUUGGAAGUCAUUUGAUUCCAGCUGCUACUUCAUUUCCGGUGAAAAGAACGUUUGGUCUAAGAGUGAGCAGAACUGUGUUGAGAUGGGAGCACAUUUGGUUGUGUUCAACACAGAAGCAGAGCAGAAUUUCAUUGUCCAGCAGCUGAAUGAGUCAUUUUCUUAUUUUCUGGGGCUUUCAGACCCACAAGAUAAUAAUAAUUGGCAAUGGAUUGAUAAGACACCUUUAAAGAAAAAUGUCAGAUUUUGGCACCCAAAUGAGCCCAGUCAUUCAGUAGAGAAAUGUGCUUCAAUAGUCUUCUGGAAACCUACAGGAUGGGGCUGGAAUGAUGUUUUCUGUGAAACUAGCAGGAAUUCAAUAUGUGAGAUGAAUAAGAUUUACCUAUGAGUAGAACUUU